ACUCUAGGAGUCUGCCACUUGCACAGGAAAAUGGAGCCCCCCGAAUGGCCCCAAACUUGAGAGCCCGUAUCCAAAGCUGAAUUACAAAUUAGAUUGUGAUUUUCCCCCCCCAAGUAUGUCAACAGAAAAACGAAAGAAAAUAAUUUUAUCCUAAAUGUUUUAAUAUCAUUUGAUUUCAAUAAUUUCAGACACCCCCAAGCUCUGGUUGCAUAGCACCGCGAGGAGGUGUAGGAGUGGCUUGCUUGCUAAACCAGCUACUAUACCUAGUUAGCAGAGGUCUGAAAUUGUCGCAGCAAUUUUGCUUGUGCCUCAAACACUGUGCCAUCCAAACCACUCCAUGUGACCUUUAACAGUCCUGCUGAAUAGGAGAAAUGAGGACCAUUUGUGAGUGAGAAAUUGGUGUGUAUCAGUGAUGUGCCAUGGGGUACGACGUCACCAGGUUCCAUGGGGAGGUGGAUGAAGACCUGCUGUGUCCCAUCUGCAGCAUGGUACUGGAGGAGCCAGUGCAGGCCCCACACUGUGAGCAUGCCUUCUGCAACGCCUGCAUCACCCAGUGGUUCAACCAGCAGCAGAUCUGUCCUGUGGACCGCAGCGUGGUGACACUGGCUCACCUCCGGCCCGUGCCCCGCAUCAUGCGCAACAUGCUCUCCAAACUCCAAAUCGCUUGUGACAACGCUGGCUUCGGCUGCACAGCCACACUGCGGCUAGAUCAACUGCAGUCUCACCUGAAGGACUGCGAGCACAACCCAAAAAGACCUGUCAACUGUGAGGAGGGAUGUGGGCUGGAGAUGCCGAAAGAUGAGAUGUGCAACCACAACUGCAUCAAGCACUUACGUGGCGUGGUACAGCAUCAGCAGACCAAGAUCUCUGAACUAGAGAAGAAUGCUGCAGAGCACAAACACCAGCUGGGGGAACAAAAACGGGACAUCCAGCUGCUAAAAGCAAACAUGAGAGCAAUACGCAGUGCAAACCCUAACAUGCAGAACCUGGAGGAGAGCAUUGAAUACAACGAGAUCCUGGAAUGGGUCAACUCCCUCCAACCUGUGCGGGUGACGCGCUGGGGAGGGAUGAUCUCCACGCCAGACGCAGUUCUCCAGGCGGUCAUCAAGCGUUCACUCAUCGACAGCGGCUGUCCUCUGUCCAUCAUUAACGACCUGAUUGAGAAUGCCCACGAAAGGAACUGGCCGCAGGGCCUGGCCACGCUGGAGACGCGGCAGAUGAACCGGCGCUACUAUGAAAACUACGUGGCCAAGCGGAUCCCUGGGAAACAGGCGGUGGUGGUGAUGGCCUGUGAGAACCAACACAUGGGAGAGGACAUGAUCCUAGAGCCUGGCCUGGUCAUGAUCUUUGCCCAUGGAGUGGAGGAGAUCUUAUAAGUAGAUCUUAUAAUAAACAAACACUAGGAGCAGGGGGGUCUAGCAUGGCAGAGAGGAGGGCAAACCAGACAUUUUGAUUCGCGAGUUAGUUACUCCUCUCUAAAAAAAAAAAAUUAAAAAAUACUCCCCUUCUCAAUUGAAUGGUAAUUAUGGGUCUAUUUCUUAAUGACAGUUGAUAUGUCAGUUUUUGUCUCUAAAGAUAAGUGGGUGUAGGGGAAAUGAAAAGAUCUCAAUGGCUCCUAAAAUGAACAGAAGAGUAUUACUUACAUAUGAGCUUAUUUAAUAUCUUUGCCUUAAAAGGACAUUUCCAAAAAUACACCUGGAAAAAGAACUUAACUGAUAAUACCCAGGAUAUUCUAAGAUGGAAUGUUUGAGUCGCAUAAUAAAAAGCUAUGCCUGAUCUCCUAGGCUUCUCUGGUUCCCCCCAUCCUACACCUUGUACUAUGUAAAUGAAUUCAUAUAAAAAAAUAAUGUAAAUACAAAUAUUAUAUUGAAAAAAAUACACAUUCUCUAGCUAUUCUUGUUAUACAGUAAUUAGACUAUGUGAAUUUUGUCAGUUGGCAUCCAUGUGUUUCAGGAUGCUGCUCUGGACAUUUUGCUCACUUCAGCWUUGUUUUUUGCUAAUCAUGUCAUGACAGUUGUACGCCAUGAUGUUUUGCUUCUCGUUUAUUACUUUUUUGUUGUGCCAUGCAUUUUAUUUAUAGAUUUUGAAGACGUGCUGGGGCGGGAUCUCCACGCCAGACGCAGUAUGCUUGAAGAUGUUUUUUGUGUUAUGAAAAUACAUUUGUCAUUUUAGAAAAUUGAAGCUCAUUGUUCUUUGCUUCUGUUGUACUUAGUGAACAUGAAGUUGGGUCCAAUUGACGUUAAACCAUUGGAAUGUAACAUUGUGUAGCUUUACCCGUUUUAUUUUAUAAAUGGUUGAUUGUUUGUGUUGAUAUUAAUUGACAAUUUCUUAUUUUUACCAAACUAUUUUAUCUAAAAGCUUUGAAUUACUGAAUGAUAGUGACAAACGACAAGGGACUUGAUCUAAAGACAUGCAGUCGAAAACAACCAUGUGGAAAUCUAACUUCAAUGCUACUUCGUUAGUGUCACCAUAAUGAGAUCAAUUUGGAUUUAGUUUUUUUUGUCAUUUUGUGUCCUUUUAUCUUUUGUGCUGUGGGGUAAAGAUGAAGGAACAUUUUAUUGUGAUCUUGAUUGUCAUCAUGGUACAGUACUGCAUGGCUUUUUUCUUAUGCCAUUGAGUCAUUCCUACAUGCAGGGCCUCUAUACAUCAUGAUUUCUGAUGAUUAGCACUCUAAGCAGCAGCCUAACUGGCAAUGCUCUCUCCGUCCACCCACACAAACACCCACAUGGUCAGACAUUGUGCUUGUCUACAGCAGCAGUGUCUAGUGAGCUCUUGCCAGCAGCCCAUACUCUAUUGAGGACUUUCCUUUUAAAUCUUUCCCUUUGUUGUGAAUGGUUGGAAUAUCAUGUGAUUUGCCAAAGGGCAUGCUUUUGUUAUUGUGCCUGAAAAUCCUCUGGUUCAUCAUCUGGUAUUAAAUGAUCUAAUGGAUUGAGACAC